UUGUCGGCGCAGUCCUUUCCCGUCGAAAAGAUCGCUGUUGGUGCAAUAUUCGACCAAAACACGGAUGAAAUACAGAAUGUAUUCAAAUAUGCUAUGACUGUUCAUAAUCAGAAUAUUAGCAGCCGUCGGCUGGAACUUCAGGCUUACGUCGAUGUUAUUAACACCGCAGACGCUUUCAAACUAUCACGGUUGAUUUGCAAUCAAUUCGCUCGCGGUGUAUUCGCGAUGUUGGGCGCCGUGACACCUGAAUCAUUUGACACUCUGCACUCUUAUACGAAUACCUUCCAAAUGCCGUUUGUCACUCCGUGGUUUCCUGAGAAGGUAAUACCACCUUCAUCUGGACUGAUAGAUCACGCGGUCAGCAUGCGGCCUGACUAUCAUAAGGCAAUCGUCGAUACAAUAGUGCACUACGGAUGGAGGGAUGUGAUUUACAUCUACGAUUCUCAUGACGGAUUGCUUCGCCUACAACAACUAUAUCAAACAAUGCAACCUGGUAGAACAGCUUUCAAAAUAUCUCUCGUGAAACGCAUUUACAAUGCAACUGAUGCAAUGGAGUUCCUGGUCGCACUGGAACAACACGAUCGAUGGAGUAACAAGAGGAUUGUUCUGGAUUGUAAUGCAAGAAAUGCGAAAAACAUUUUAGUCGAACACGUUAGGAAAGUACAGCUGGGUCGAAGAACAUAUCACUACAUGCUAAGCGGCCUGGUUAUGGACGACCAUUGGGAGAACGAGGUAACAGAGUACGGGGCGGUGAACAUUACCGGGUUCCGUAUCGUGGAUCAUUCGAGAAGGACCGUGCGCGAUUUCAUGGAAGGCCUGCGUAGAAUGGAUCCACGUUUCAAGGGAACUGUUUCGGCUCAAACAGCACUAAUGUACGAUGGAGUGCAAGUUCUAAUGGACGCUCUGGGUCGACUCUGGAAAAAGAAACCAGAUGCUUUUAGGAGUGCGCUCAGACGUGCGGCUGCUCAGGCUAACUCGACCAAGGUCAUUGACUGCAACCCUGGUAAAAGUUGGGUAGUCCCCUUCGAACAUGGAGACAAGAUAUCGAGAUUGAUCAAAAAGACGGAUAUAGAGGGUCUCACCGGGAAUAUAUCUUUUAACGAAGAGGGACAUCGGUGUAAUUUCACUCUGCAUGUCGUUGAGAUGACCGUCCAGAGUGCGAUGGUGAAGGUGGCAACGUGGACAGAUAAGCAAGGAUUAAAACUUGUGACACCAAAGUACAUUCAGCUACACUCUCCGGUUUCUUUCGAUACUAACAAGACGUACAUAAUCACGACCAUUCUCCAGGAACCUUUCAUGAUGGUGAAACCUAUAGAAUAUGGUCAAAGGGAGGAACAGUACCACGGCUUUUGCAAGGAUCUUGCUGAUUUGGUUACUGCUAAACUUGGGAUUAAAUAUGAACUUCGUAUCGUAAGGGAUGGAAAAUUCGGAAGUGAAAUAUCUCAUAAUGCUUGGAGUGGUCUCGUUGGGGAAGUGUUCAGAAAGGAAGUAGAUAUAGCUAUAGCUCCUUUAGCAAUAACAGCGGAAAGAGAGAAAGUCAUCGAUUUCAGCGAACCUUUCCUAUCCAUCGAAACACCUAUCAAGAACACGAAACAGCCGAAACGAUUGGCUGGAACAUUUAGUUUUCUUCGACCACUUUCAAAAGAGAUAUGGCUCUGCGUACUCUUCAGCUUCUUUGCUGUCAGUAUUGUUCUAUUCUUGGUGUCGAGGUUUUCACCACACGAGUGGCGCUCAGUUUCCAUCACGGAUUCGCACUUGGAGCAACCGAUAAGCAAUACAAAUGAGAUUAUCUUACACAACGAGUUCAGUAUUUGGAAUUCCUUCUGGUUUUCGCUCGGAUCAUUCAUGCAGCAAGGCAGUGAUGUUGUACCAAGGUCUUUAUCCGGUAGGAUUGUGGGCACGGUCUGGUGGUUCUUUGCUCUCGUGCUUGUAUGUUCGUAUACCGCGAACCUGGCCGCCUAUCUCAUUGUCGAGAGAAUCGCAGUGCCACCCCUCCACUACGAGACGAGAGUACAAACUGAAAAUCUACGUGCGAAUAGCAUGGUGAGAGACGUGGAGGUAUCUGAUGGAUCAUAUAUGCAAAAUAUGGACAACGACUGUUCAGUGUCGAGAGCUUGUAGAUACAAACUCAUCAAUUUCGGUAUAGCCACUACCAAGGGAUCAGCAUUGAGAGAGAGUAUAAAUAUAGCGAUCGUCAGUUUGAAGAGUGAUGGCGUAUUAUCUAAGUUGUGGAAGAAAUGGCUGCUAACCACAAAUAAACCCGAUUGCGAUUUGGUCAAAGAUGAGGAGACAAUAAUUGCGGAAAUGACACUAUCUCAAGUUGCUGGCAUAUUUUACGUCCUAGUUGCUGGAUUGGCAUUAGCUCUCGGUGUCGCUUUAUUAGAAUUCUGCCAACAUGGACGCGCUGAAGCGGCAAGAGCUAACGUCCCGCUGAGAGCUGCGCUGCGUGCGAAGGCGAGACUCGCGUCGCAUGAGAGAAAAACUCCGCAACGAACACCGCAACGCGAUCAGGACAGACUCGGGUGGAAUGGAGCUGCUUUCGCUGGGUAUUUCCCCGCGGGAACCCAAAUCUCCCAAGAGGACGCGGUUCACGCCAGUUUCACUCACGUCUGAUCCGCGGAGAAGAGCGGCCUCAACAUACGCCGUUCUUCGGUCUGCAAAUCUAAUAACGUUGAUCUCUAUC